CUCUAAUCACUUCCAAUUUUAUCUCCAAUAUCCGCGAAACAUCGAUUCAAUCAUGAGUCACUUACCAUCUGAUAUCCCAAGACCCAAGGACGACGGGUUGUGUGACCACCUAACGAGUUUCGACCUACCAAGCGUUCAACUUCUCUCUGCAAAAGAUGUUUUUACGAAGGUCGAUUUGGCAAAGUCAGAUGGAUUGACUAUUGUGUUCAUCUAUCCACGCACGGCAGCAGCAAGGGAAGAAGUUCAUCCCGAGUGGAACAGCAUCCCAGGUGCGAGAGGAUGUACGCCACAGGCCUGUUCAUACCGGGACAACUUUGAGGAACUGAAAGGCCUUGGGGUAGCUCAGGUCUUCGGGGUGUCUACCCAGGACUCGGAGGCCCAGAGGGAGCUUCGCCACAGAGUUCACUUACCUUAUGACCUUUUGAGCGACGCCGAGUUGAACUUCGCGACCGCGGCAAGACUUCCUACCUUUGAGUGGAAAGGGCGAAAGCUGAUCAAGCGGGUUACUCUCGCGAUUGAGGAUGGAAAAGUCAUCAGGCACUGGUAUCCUGUGUUUCCUCCGGAUCAGAAUGUCGUAGAAGUCCUGGAAUGGCUGAAAAGACACGGAGGCAAGGCGACCAUCUCUUCGGGUUAA